CGCAUGCGCACUCGCGCCGCCGCGCCAUUUUGCCCCGGGUCGCGCUGAGCGGCGGCGGCGGCGGCAGUGACAGAAGUUGGGAUCCUCGCUCGUCAGAAUGGCGAACAUCGCCGUGGCGAGGAUAAAGCGCGAAUUCAAAGAGGUGCUCAAGAGCGAGGAGACCAACAAGAGCCAGAUAAAGGUUGAGCUGGUGGAUGAGAAUUUCACAGAGCUGCGAGGAGAGAUUGCAGGGCCCCCGGACACGCCCUACGAGGGUGGAAGGUAUAUGCUGGAAAUCAAGAUCCCAGAAACGUAUCCAUUUAAUCCACCCAAAGUCCGUUUUAUCACCAAAAUUUGGCACCCAAACAUAAGUUCAGUAACUGGUGCAAUUUGCUUGGACAUCCUCAAAGACCAGUGGGCGGCCGCCAUGACGCUGCGGACCGUGCUACUCUCCCUGCAGGCUCUGCUAGCUGCAGCCGAGCCCGACGACCCACAGGAUGCCGUGGUGGCGCGGCAAUACAAAGAAAACCAUGAGAUGUUUGUGCAAACAGCCAGACUGUGGGCGCAUAUGUAUGCCGGGGCACCUGCCUACAAUGGAGAAUAUCAGCGUAAAAUCGACCAUUUAUGUGCCAUGGGCUUCGACAGGAACGGAGUGAUAGCGGCAUUGUCUUCACAUGGCUGGGAUGUGGAGAGGGCAACAGAGCAACUCCUAAGUAACUAAUAACACGAUCCCCACUUCACCACCCAGCAAGUUUGGGUCCGGACCAUACAAAAAUAUUACACAUGCCUUACCCUUAAAUCAAUGCAGAAGUGAAUGGUAAAGGCUUUCCAAAUAAUUACCCCUGUGGUCUUGCACCAGUUUAUUGUAUUUAUCAUGGUUUAUGCCCCCCAUAGAAUUUGUAAAAAAAAUAUUUUUUAUGAGUUGUGCAUUUCCACUGCUGCUUUAGGACGAGCGUCUGGAGUGUUUGUGGCAAUCUGCAUGACAGCGAGUACAACCUGCAGUCACCUUGAGUUGCAUGUUGUGGGGCAUUUCUGCAGCAGAUAUUAAAUUACAUUAAGACGUGGUUUAAAUUUAUGGUUUCUUCAUUUCCAUUAAGGUUAAUAAAAAUUACAAAAAAAAUUGCUGGUGGAAAUAAAGUGGUGGAAAUUAUAUCAGUUAAAUGUCUUUUGAAAUUGGUGCAUUUGUUAGGGCAAAGUGGCCAAUGUUUGCUUUCGGCUGGAGUGCUGUACAAACACUAUCCUUUUGAUAACUGAUUAAGUCUUUGUAUUACAUGAAAAAGGUUAGCUUGCCCCGGUUGUGUGCAUCUGUUAAGACUACAUUGUGUACUAGCCUGGUGUAAAAAUCACAUCUCAAGUCGGUAAUAACCCUGGGAGUGAUGCCAAUUUUGGCCAGACUCCUUUAUUAAAUAUUCCGUGUUCACCUCUGAAGACCUGCUAAAAGUCUGCUGCACAUACCAGUAUGUAAAUAAGAGAAUGCAACCUAGACGGAGAUGAGUCAAUUGAACAAGAACAUGCUAAACAAGGCUGUUGACUUUUUAAGUUGAAAUAAAAUUUAAAUACGUGUGGAAUUUAAUUUCUUUUCUCCCUUGAUGUAAACCCCACUCCCUGGUAAUAUUGGCAAUGGUUUAUGCUUUGUUAAUGUGGCUUAAUGUUUAAUAGCUUUUAAAGAGAUGUAAAAUAUAAAUUUGUUAAAGUUGUAAAAAUGGUUAUCUUCCAAUAUUGGGUGAAAUGUGGGAAAGAUCAUGAAUACAAUUCCUCAGUCAUGCAAAGUUGACAACUUUACAAACUGCCAGAAAAAGGUUGUUUUGAUUAAAGUAUCAAAAUUCUGUACUGCUAUUUAGGUUUGUACAUAUUGGAUCAGUGGAUAUGAGGGAUCAAGGUAUAUGCAGACAAUUUUCAGAGAUAUGGUUGCCUAGAAAGAUGGAAUGAAACUUGGGCAGUUGCAUUGUUAAAAUAUAGUACAAGUGCAAUUUUACACAUCCACUGUAGCAGCUGUGCUUUUAUUUAAAACCAUUUGGCUCUAAGUAACUCAUUAAGUUCCACAGUGGUUAAUUUUAUUGCAAUAGCACCUGUCCACUUGAAAUUUAGCUUCAAGAAAGCAUCAAAUUUGGACAAUAUGGAAACCUAUUUUUAAAAAACCACAGUAUUAAAUGUCCCUUAAACAUGUGGCCAUACACUACUGAUAAUUGAAUACCCAUACUCAUCCCAAGCAUGCAUGUUAACAGCAAACAAACUAAAUGAGAGUGUUACGGGCCAACUGUACCAAGAAGUCUUGUUUUCAAGUAGAGUAAAGGCUUUUGACAAUGUUUCUAAUAAAACCUAAGUUAUG